UUAAUAAAAAAUAAAUAGGAGAUCCUGGGAAAGCGAAAUGGAGGGGUGUGUGUCUAACCUGACGGUCUGCAAUCUGGCCUACAGCGGGAAGCUGGAGGAGUUGAAGGAGAGAAUCCUGGCCGAUAAAUCCCUGGCUACUAGAACUGACCAGGACAACAGAACUGCCUUGCACUGGGCUUGCUCAGCCGGGCAUACAGAAAUUGUUGAAUUCUUGUUGCAACUUGGUGUGCCAGUGAAUGAUAAAGAUGAUGCGGGUUGGUCGCCUCUUCAUAUUGCUGCUUCUGCUGGCCGGGAUGAGAUUGUGAGAGCCCUUCUGGGGAAAGGUGCUCAAGUGAAUGCUGUCAAUCAAAAUGGAUGUACUCCCCUCCAUUACGCAGCUUCCAAAAACAGGCAUGAGAUUGCUGUCAUGUUACUGGAAGGUGGCGCUAAUCCAGAUGCCAAGGACCACUAUGAGGCUACAGCAAUGCACCGCGCAGCAGCCAAGGGUAACUUGAAGAUGAUUCAUAUCCUUCUGUACUACAAAGCAUCCACAAACAUCCAAGACACUGAGGGUAACACUCCUCUACACUUAGCCUGUGACGAGGAGAGAGUGGAAGAAGCAAAACUGCUGGUGUCCCAAGGAGCAAGUAUUUACAUAGAAAAUAAAGAGGAAAAGACGCCCCUGCAAGUGGCCAAAGGUGGCCUGGGUUUAAUACUCAAAAGAAUGGUAGAAGGUUAAGCAGCUUGGAUUUAUUCUUAACUUUGUAUGUUUUUUUGUUGUCCCCAGUGUCCUAGAAACUAAUGUACUUGUGCAUAAGGCAUCAUUAAUGAAUGAUGAAGUUUUCUCACCAUCAAAGUCUUACAAACAUGUUAACUAUUGUUCCUGCUGAGGUACUUGUUCUAAGCUUAUAACUUGCUUUCUAGGCAUGGAAUAACUGUUGAGAUUUUUCUGCUGUUACCAUGUAGUAUUCUGUAUUGAAUUUUGGUUAACUUUGAGUAUGUGAUUCUGUGGCUGUCAUAAGUCUUCAGCACCCUCCCAUGCACCUUCUGACCCCCUCUGAGGCAGAACAGUGCAACAGCAACAGGUCAGUUGUUUUGCCAGAUGGUUCUAAGUGGAUUCUAGAAUGUUCAGUUGAAACACAUCCUCACCUGUUUUUCAAGCCUCACUCGGGCCUAUGCCAAAUAUUUCUGUUUUUUCAACCGUGAGGUUUAAGUUAUUUUUGUGACAGGAGGAACACAUGUAUUUUAGCGGACCAAAUUUUAAGUUGGAGGGCAUGCUCUAAAAGAUUGAAAAACGAUAGCCCAUGUACCCACGUAUUUCUUUAAUGACGCUUUUUCCCUCAAAAUAACAUGGAUGGUUUUUUAAAAGGAAGUUCUAAGGUACCUGUACUGAGUCAUCCUGUAUGAAAAAGAACGUCAAGCUUGUUAAAACACAUAACAAAAAUGUACUUUGAUUUGUAUUUCAGAAACUAAAAAAUAAAAUGUUGAAAG